UUAGACAUACUUUUUGUGACACUUUUGAACCAAACAUUUAUUUCAUGUGUUUUAAUGAGACAAUCGAUGACCACAUUUGCUGAUCAUUAGUGGACACACUUUGGAGGACUCGUUUGAAUUGUGACAUCAGUUGUCUUUCACAUCUACACAAUGGUCUUCUUAACCAACACUUUGAUGAAGUAUAUGCCUCAUUGGUGGCGAAGAUCUGAGAGAAGAAGCGUUUUUUUCAAGAGAGUGUCACUCUUUCGGCUGACAGGGUGCUUCGGUGGUGUCAGUCGUAACUGUUUCCGAGUGGCCAUCAAUAAGUGGACCAAAACAAUGCAAUAUAAACCGAAAUACCGGCGAAUGCGGACUCAAAUGCUUCAAGACUUGUAUUCGCAGCGAAUUUUGGGUGCCGUUGAAGAACAUGGACUCAGAUAUGAACUCUUCCACUCUUCACUUACCAAAUGUGGUAUUGAACUCAAUCGUAAAUCUUUAGCCAAUUUAGCCAUUUAUGAACCGAAGACUUUUGCCAGUUUAGUAGAUUUGGCUAAAACCAAGUUUGCCGAAAAUGGUGGCGGAGAAGAAGCUAUAUAUGCCAAACCUGUCAAUGGAGUCAUCACUCGAGGAAUGCUAUGAUUUGAUUCAUCAAUAAAGAAAAAAUAUGAUAACAUUUUUUUAGUUUAAUUGUUUACCGGUAGAUAUAAAUGGUUUUUUAUUUAAAUAAUGACAUGAAAAUGAUUACAAAAAAAAAAUCAAAUGAAAUGUUUGCUUAUAUUAUAAUUUCAAUAAUAUAUUAUAUUAGUGUUAAGUAAGACAAUAAGUUUUUAAAUUAUAAGUAAUUAAAUUAAUAAAAUUUGGCUGAAAAUGAUGCUAAGUUAGAGCACUAAUGGUGUUUUAGUGAUUAUAUGCUAACAAUAAUAUAUAAAAAUAUA